AUGGGAAAAGUAGGCAUCCUCACGAGUGAAAAAAGUUGCAUUAACACAGAGGUCAUCAUCAAAUCCAAUGGCAAAGAAUUCCAGGUGGGGGUAGUGGAAUACACGGACUAUUGGUCACCGUUCAAACCGGUUCCAUUCAACAAAGUGGAGGAAUCUGAUGUAGACGAAGCCGACGAAGACGGAGAAGACACCGCUGGGAUAUCAGACACCUGGAUGGGAGAGGAUGAAAACGAACCAGAAGAAGAUGGGGAAUUUUGCCCUAAUCGCACGUACUUAGUCAAUUCUCCAAUGCCGGAAUCAGAUGUCCCAAUAAUUGGCGGCAACACUCAAGCGUCUCCGGUUGAGAAAUCGAAAAGGCAUCCAGAUGUUGACCUGACAGAAAGGAAUUUCGAAAAUAAUAAUCAAUGCACCUAA